AUGGUUGGAACUAUUCCAGAGGAAGGGCAGAUGCUCUUGGCCAAAGAUGCCACGUUUGAGAAGAUUCUCCACAAGGGAACGUCCAAAGACGUCGGCAUGUCAGCAAUGUUGAAGAAGGACUACGAAGCCCAGAAGGCGGCCACGGACGAGUACUUCAGUCAUUGGGAUAAUAAGAGCGCACAAAAAGAAACGAAAGAAGACCGUGAUGCUCGUACAGCAGAUUACGCUUCUCUUACUCGGCAAUACUACAACUUGGCGACCGAUUUCUACGAGUAUGGCUUCGGCCAAAGCUUCCACUUUUCUCGCCCUUCUGCCGGUGAAUCUUUCAAGCAGAGCAUCGCAAGACACGAACACUACCUCGCCCACGUUAUCGACAUUAAAAAGGAUAUGAAGGUACUGGACGUUGGCUGCGGCGUGGGCGGACCUGCUCGGGAGAUUGCCAAGUUCACAGGGGCGUACAUCACCGGUCUCAACAUCAACGAGUACCAGGUGGAACGGGCCACGAGGUAUGCUGUGAAAUCCAAGUUAGAUAAGCAGCUCCAAUUCGUCCAAGGCGACUUCAUGAACAUUCCCUUCGAAGACAACACCUUUGACGCGGUCUACGCUAUCGAAGCCACAGUCCACGCCCCGUCCCUACAAGACGUGUACUCCGAGAUCUUCAGAGUCCUCAAGCCUGGUGGCGUCUUUGGCGUCUACGAAUGGGUCAUGACGGAAAAGUACGACAACGAAGACCUCCGUCUGCGCAAGAUUCGCAUCGACAUCGAACAAGGAGACGGUAUCGCCAACAUGGUCAAAGCAUCAGAAGCUGUACGCGCCUUCCAAGCAGCGGGCUUCGAGAUGAUCCAGAACGAGGACAUGGCAGAGCGUCCGGAUCCGAGCCCGUGGUACUGGCCGUUGGACGCGGGUAGCUGGAGACACGCGCAGACGGUGGGCGACUUGCUCUACACCUUCCGCAUGACUGGGCUGGGACGGGCUUUUACGCAUGGGUUCCUUGGACUUAUGGAGACUUUGAGACUUGCCCCUCCUGGGAUGAUGAAGAUGUCAGAUAGCCUUUGUGUCGCUGCUGAUGCGCUUGUUCUCGGUGGCAAGGAGAAGAUUUUCACACCCAUGUACCUGAUGGUAGGACGCAAGCCUGCGAAACAGGAGUAG